CAUCGACACACUAUCAUCGAGAUCCAACAACAACAACAACAACAACACCUGAGCCCCGGAUCUUCGCACUACCUACACUUCUUUUCAUUGACAGGAUAGCACCUCUCCUCAUCAACAUCGAUAAUCCAUCCCAUGGUCGCAUCCGAAGCCGCCCCAAAGUGAACCACGAGAAUGCGUCUGGGCUCUCGUCUGUCCUACGAGCCUACCUCUAUUUACACCUCGAUCCCUCCCGGCCCCCAAUGACGCACCAUUAAAUCGCCCUUUGCUGACCGUCUCCAUGUCGCGCAAUGUCAGUGCAACGUCCUCCUUACGUAAAAGGGCCGAAUUGGUCCUCCCACCUCCGCCAACGCAGUCGCUCCGGCAUCAAUCUCCAUCUCGAACGCCCCGGCUCCUCGUCCGUCGACUCCCCCCGCUCGCCCGAUACCAUCUCCAGCGCGUCCACCAUACGUGGUGACCAGUCCUCGGCCUCCUUUCGCCAGCGUCGUCUCGAGAGGCGAUGUACCGUCACCGUCAACGAGGGCUACAGUCGCGAUGAUGUCCUUCUCAACUUGGAUAUCUUCGACGGCGAGAUUGUCCCUGGGAGUCUCAUGGCCAUCACCCUGGUCAAAUCGGACCAACCGGAUAUGUGUACAAGCUCCGUCGGCGGCAGCAGCGUGAGUGUUGGCGGCGUCGGUGCCGGUGUCGGUGUCGGCGGCACCCACAACGGCACAAACGCCAAAGACUACGCCUUCAGCAACCCCGCCCCCACCCAGGGUCAUUCCCAUCCGUCCGACUGCGCCGAGGCAACGGGGAAUCGGUACUUCUUCGUCGUCAAGGACAUGUCCAAGGAGCUGAAGACCCGCCAUCCCAACAUGGAGAUCUACAUCAUGAAACACGUCGCCGACGCCUUCGGCAUGAAAAGGGGCUCCCAGGUGCUCCUGACCCCCGUCGACGCCACCAGUCCCGCCACCGCCGCCUCCCACGUCGAACUCUCCUUCAAGGACCAGUACCUCUCCCGAGCCGACAUGUGGAGGAUGGUCAUCGGCGAGCUGACCGAGAGGACCGUCUACAAGGGCCAGUCGCUGCUCUUCAUGGGCACCAUCAAGGCCCAGGUCACCGCCGUUUUCGUUGAUGGCCGACGCGCCCACUCGGCCUUCUUCACCCGCGACACCCGUCCCAUCUUCCGCAGCGAGUCGGCCCGUUACGUCCUCUUCAUCCAGAUGGCCCGCGAGAUGUGGGACUUUGACGCCGAAGGAUCCGGCGAGAUCGUCUUCAACAAGGCCGUCAACGGCUUCCUCCCCGCCCUUUUCAAGAAGUGGGCCAGGAUGAAGGUGAAGCACCUCGUCAGUAUCGUUCUGUUCGCCCGCGUCGAGUACGACACCGGCAUCUCCGCCGAGCUGGCCGCCGAGUCCGCCCACGGCCAGUAUUAUACCGGCUUCCAGUCCUCGUCCGCCGACCGCCGGCCCUACAAGGACUUUUACCGCGUCGUCGUCAGCGAGAUGGCCAGCGGCGAGUGGACCACCAUCCUGUACGAGCUCAAGAAGGGUUUCAAUUUUUUCCGCCGGGACAUCAGCAUCCAUCACCACAUGGUGAAUGAAGCCGCCAGGGCCGCCGGCGCCCCGCCCAUCGCUCCCGACCGCGUCAAGGCCGAGUCGUCGCUAUCCAUGUACGGAAACUUUCUCGAGGCCAUCAACCUGGCCUCCUCGCAGUUUGCCCAUGAUUAUAUCGACCGGGAUCUGAUGCGGACGGGCAUCUCUAUUGUCAUCAUCAGCCCCGGUCCCGGCGUGUUCGAGGUCGAAUACGAAACCCUGCGGAGGACCACCGAGGCCCUCGUCGGCAACGGCAUCGGAAUCGACCUCGUCUGCAUGCCCAAGAUGCCGCUUCAUUCGGUACCCCUCUUCCGCUAUCGCAAUCCCCAUCCUUCUACCGAGUCGUCUCACGGCCUUUCCCGCACCAGGUCCACCCGGGCGCGAGACGGGAUGCGAGACGGCGGCACCACCACCACCACCACCGCCACCACCUCCUCCUCCCAUACGGCCCACAAUCGUCAGGGCCCGCCCACCCCUAUCGUCGGCAGCUAUCAAUCUCUCUCCGAGUCCCUGUCGCCCACCAAAGGCCUGGAGCUCGUACGACCCGGAGACUCGCCCUCUUCUCGCUCGCAGGACGAGUGGUGCUACGCCGUCCCGCAGUGGCUCCACGUGUCCUACUGGACCGGCACCUCCGAGGAAGCGCUGUCUUACCAGGGCAUCGCGCUGUCCGUCGCCGAGGACCCGAAACGAGAGCAAGAGGCCCGAGAGGAUUUCGCCAUUCGCGCCAGGAUGUACGCCCUGCAGAUGCGGAGCGUCCUGGAGACUAACGAGAUCGAGACCACGCCGCUGCACGCCGACCCGAAUUAUCCCAUCCACCAUAACGACUCGCAUAACCUCCUACUACACAAGGCGCGCCAGGGCGAGAAUGCUCAGGCCGCCGCCCUCGCCAUCGCCCUGGCCCCGUGCAAGCGGGUUCCCAACUCGCUCUACGACCACGUCUACGGCUUCCAAAAGUUCAUGCCGGACAAGCUCACGAGACGAGGAGAGAAAUCGCUGCGGAAGCAACUCCAGGAGUACGACGAAACCAGAGCCAAGCUGCCCAAAUUCCGUCGCCCAGCUCAGUCUCGGCAUUCUCGCGAGCUUGAGGAGUCCACGCGCCGCCAGCUCAUGGAGGAUACCGGGCUCUUCGGGACCUCCCUUCCAGAGAAGAAGCUCGUUGUUGACGGCCACCCCCUUGUUUCGGCGGCAACGGCCGCCGGCCGCAAGUUGUCCGUGAACAUGGAAGAUAGCGGCGGGCGACCCGACAUGAGAGCCGCCGCCCUCUCUUCGCAACCACGAAAACAUCGCCCACUCCCGCCGUCUGUCAAGGAUAUCGGCGCCAACUCGCACGUCGGUGCCCACGCCCACGUCCGGCUGACCUCGCCGAUCAAAACGCCCAAGAUCAUGCGCCAAAUCAGUCUCGGCGCUCGAGGUUUCGGCAUCGCCGCGCCCAAGGUCGUCGCGGCCGAAGCCAGCUUCCAGACGGCGAAUGCAUCCAAUGCCGAACAGGCCGGAAGCCAACACCACCAGCACCACAAGACCGGCGGCGGCGGCGGUGGAGAGGACCUCACCACGCCUCUGGUCAAUUCCACCCUCCCCCGCUCGACCUCGCCGCAAUCCAUCCGCCCGUCCGCAUCGGCCCUGUCGCCGCCGCUGUUCCGGUCGGCGUCCCGGGAUACGCUGACGGAUUUGCCGUCCACGCCCAGCAUCCCCAUCACAUCGGCGAGGACGACCUCGCAGCGACUCGACGGCCCGGCCGCCAGCCAGCACAAGUUUGGGUCCAUCAAGAUGCAGUCGCUGGCGCGGAGGGACCGCAUGCAGGACGACCGGGAUCAGCGGCACUCGAAUCUCCUGCGGGCCGAGGACGACCAGAAGAUGUACAACAACAAGCUCCGCGCCGGCGGCAUGCCCGAGCUGCCGUCGACCCUGUCCCCCCACACGGCCAUCACGCCCUGGCUGACGCUGCUCAACCCUUCGAACCCGGACAUCAAGAAGGUGGACGACACGUUGCUGUACAGCCGCUGGCAGCACGUCUUCCCGCGCACGUCGGAGAUGCGGGUCAUGAAGUGGAAGGCGCUGUGCUGCCCGGCGGCGGUGCCGCUGACGACGGAGCACUUCCCGACCAAGGCGCAGUUCGACAGCGAGUACCAGCGGCAGCCGUACAUCAUCGCGCAGAACGCCGACGACGAGACGCCCAUGGCCGAAGAGCCCAAGUCGCGCGAGGACUUCAUCCGGGAGCUCAUCAGCCUGCGGUUCUCGCAGGGGUUCCAGCUCGUCAUCGGGCCGUCGGUGGCGCGGGCGUUCGGCCAGAAGCAGAUGAAGAUCGCCGACAUCUUCUCGCGCAACCAGGCCAUGGAAGACGGCACGAGCAUCUUCAUGUCCGUGGGGAACACGAUCCACCAGCUGUCGUGCGUCAACGGGACCGAGGUCGAGGUCAACAUUUUCGUGCGCAAGCCGACCGAGUCGAUCGCGCGGCCGUACGGCGACGGCGCCGGGCCCAUCUACAAGCCCGCGAUCCGGACGCUGCUGGACUCGACGUACCGGACGCAGGAGAUCGACAUCCUGACGCCGAAGCCCGAGCGGAACUGGAACUACAUCGACUCGUACCUCGCGGGCCACAGCGACGAGCUGACGGAGCACCUGCGGUUUUGGAGGGCGCGGUUCGUGCUGAUCCCCAUGCUGCCGCGGAACGCGCAUGUGCCGAGGAACCAGCACGGGGAUAGCCCCGAGGAGAUUCGGCUCGAGGGCAUCCGACGGCUGUCGCUGCAGUGGCAGAGGAACCGCUACAUCCCCGCGUCGGAGCGGCGGUUCCAGACGGUCGUCGGUUCUUCGAAGAGGAAACGGGAUCUCAACCCGCUGGACAUCGUGUACAAGACGGAAGACCCGUCGGCGGUGAUCGCGGCCGAGCUCGAGUCGCUUCCGUUGCUCGAGGGCGCGGAGAUGGCCUCCCGCAAAGGGCAGCUCGUCACCAGCCGGGAACGGUUUCGCAAGUCGAGUCUGAAUGUGGCGGCACUGGCCGAAGCCAUCCAGCAGCCGGUGGAGAACGGGGGCGUCAAGCUGCAGAAUCGCCGGUGGCACCUGCGGCUGCACUACAACUGCUUCAUCGGGUCCGACAUGACGACGUGGCUUCUGGGGAAUUUCGAGGACAUUGAGAGCCGCCAGGAAGCGGAACAGCUGGGGAAUAUGCUCAUGGUGAGCAAGAACGACAGGCUGGACGAAAAGGACAAGGACAAGGACAAGGACAAGGACAAGGGACGGGGCCUCUUCGUGCACGUGGAGAAGAGGCAUCCUUUCCGGGAUGGGCAGUAUUUUUACCAGAUGGCGAGCGAAUUCGCAAAGCCGCACGCGCACCCGCCGGGGUGGUUCAACUCGCGAAAGCAGCGGGACUUGUCGGUCCCUUCCACGCCCCUCACGGAUACCACGCCGCGCGAUUCUCCACGCGGCGCGAUUUCGGUGGCGGACGAGCACUCGCCCAUCUCGGGGACCAACACGCCCGGGCCGCCGAACAAUAAUAACCAUACCUUCUUCAGCGUCAAGAAGAAGCCCGAGGUGGUGCUCAGCAAAGUCAUCAAGUACGACGUGGACCCGCGCAAGCGGUCGUACCGGCCCGAGCGGAUCGACCUGCACUACGACCGGCUGCACAACCCGGACAACUGCUACCACAUCCGGCUGGACUGGCUCAACGUGACGGCCAAGCUGAUCGAGGACGCGGUGGAGGGCUGGGCGCGCGAGGCGGCGACGUACGGGCUGCGGCUGGUGGAGGUGCCGAUCCGCGAGGCGUGCACCAUCACGGACACGAACCCGUUCCGGCGGCCGUUCGUCGUCAAGCUCGCGGUUCCGCCGCCGCCGACGCCGCCGCCGACGACGACGACGACGUACUACGAGCCCGGGUCGUUCACGCUGCAGACGGCGUCGGGGCGGCACCCGUACCAGACGGCGAUCCUCAAAAAAUUCGACUUUGUGCUCGACCAGGAGGCGGCGUCCAAUUUCCCCGCCGACGUGGAGGUCAGCUACUCGUGGGGGAAGCCGGAUUUCAAGUACAACCAGUACAUCCACCGCAGCGGGACGCUGAUUGCGGAGAUUAACGACGAGGGGGACUUUCUCUUCCUGGCGAACCGGCUGUUCAGUAACCGUGCGGCGAGCGCGCGCGAGAAGGAGCUCAAGGAGGCGCGGGAGGCGGGAGAGAUGGCCGGUAGUGGUGGUGGUGGUGGUGGUGGUGGUGGUGGUGGUGGUGGUGCUGCUGCUGCUGCUGCUGCGGCUGUGGGUGCUGGUGGUGGAGGAACGAAUAACCGCAUCAUGUCCGUGGGCUCAUACAUGCCGUACGGCAUCCCGGAAGCCAACUCACCGUUCCUCAAGCCGGCGGACUACUCGGCACCCCCGACCGCCACACCGUCGGGCUCGACGUUUGCCUCCCCGCUCCCCGGGACUUUCACGCCGGCCCCCACCGCCAACAUGAAUUCCGCGACCAACGCCAACGCGAGCAGCAGCAGCAGCAGCCUCCACAACAUGGCCAACAUGGCGCGCGCCUCCUCCGUAGGCCUCGGCGCCGAACCCGAGGUCGUGAAGGAACAACUGGUCAGCUUUUGCUCCAACGCGGAAGCCCUGGGGGCGUUUUAUAAGGACCUCCUCGACGGCGCGGGUCAACCCCCUGCUCCUGCGGCGGCGACCUCCUCGACUCCGAGCGCCGCGCUGGGCUACCCCCCGUCUUCUUCGGCGUCGGCGUCCGGGGGCGGACCGGGCGGACUGGAUGCCGUGCCGGAGGCUAGUAUCCCGACGCUGGGACUCCCGGAGCGGGUGCUGGGCGAGAUGCGGGAGACGGGGGGUGGGGGUGGGCCGGCGGCUGCGUCGACGACGGUGACGACGGCGAGGGGGAUGAUGAGUAGUCCUGUGCUUUCGGGGAUGAGGUUGCUGAGGCGGGGGAGCGUGCAGGCGCAGAUUCAGUCGCAGAUACAGCAGGGGCAGCAGGGGCAGGCGGUGGACGGAGCUGAGUCGGGUGGGAAGAAAGAGGGUCCUUCUUCGCCGGGCUUCUUGUGAAAAGUGUUGGUCUAUGGGUGUUUCGGGUCACGGGUAGGAUAAGGAUGAAGGGGGCGUUUGCCAUACUACGGCCGGGGGGGGGGGGUU